CAUAUCUCGACAUUUGUUCUUCUACGUUGAGUAACAUCUUUUUUGAAGUAACUUUGUUUAUUAUGUCCAUGAAAGAAAAGAUUUGUAGAAAUUGCUCUCCCUCUCAUUUGGCAACAAAAAUAUAUUGUAGACUGGUUUGAAUCAUUCAAUACCAAAGUCAUUUAUUUAUAUGGUAUUUUAAUCAUUUGAAAAUGUCAAUUACUGGUGAUAAUGAGGAUAGUGCAUGGUUUCGGGUUCGUGUUCUUGGUUUUGGUGCUUUUGGAGUCGUAGAACAUUGGAAAAAUGAAUUUACUAAGGAAAAUAUUGCAAUAAAAAAAAGUCAUACACGUCUUGAUAAAUCGAAGGAUAAAAAAUGGCUUCGAUGGGUCCAGGAAGUCCAAAUAAUGAAUGAAUUGAAUCAUUUAAAUAUUGUUGGAACUAGGAAUAUUCCUGAAGAAUUAAAAAACAUUGGCGAUGGAUUACCAAUAUUAUGUAUGGAAUAUUGUACAAAAGGAGAUCUGCGAAGUGUUUUAAGCGACUGUGAUAACAUUUGUGGUGUAAAAUCAGAUGAUGCAUUAAGGAUAAUGUAUGAUAUAUCAUCAGCAGUAGAGUAUCUUCAUAGCAAAGAAAUUACACAUCGUGAUUUGAAACCAGAAAAUAUAGUCAUACAAGAAGUUCAGAAUAAGUUAGUAUAUAAAUUAAUUGACUUAGGAUAUGCGAAAUCACUUGGUGAACAAAGUAUUUCAGCAUCUGUGGUUGGAACUCUUAAUUACUUAGCACCUGAACUUCUCUGGAAAAAUACUUAUAGCUGUUCGGUUGAUUAUUGGAGUCUUGGAAUUUUAUUUUAUGAGAUACUGACAGGGUUCAGACCUUUUCUUCCUAAUAUGCAGUUAACUCAAAUCUGGAUGGCACAUGUAAAGAAUAAAAAAUAUGAGGAUAUUUCUGCUAAAGAAAUGAAUGAUAAAAUUGUGUUCAAUACUGAUUUUGAGGAACCUCAUUCUGUUCCAAAAUGUAUACAAGCUGAUUUAGUUAAAUGGUUCCGGUGCGUUUUUCAGUGGAAUCCAAAGAAUAGAGGAAAACUACCAAACCAGUUUAAUGAAAUCGUAGUAUUUUCUAUGUUAAAAUCAAUUUUAAAUAAAAAGAUUAUAACCGCUCUCAUAGUACCCAAAUAUAAAUAUCAAUAUUUUGCAAUUGAAUCUAAUUUUACACUAAUUCAAUUUCAACAGUUAAUUUACGAUACAGAAGGAAUUGCCCCAGAAAAACAAAUUUUAACGGAUUCGAAAGGAAACAUAUUGAAAGAUAAUUUUUUUUCAACAAUUAAAUCUUCAAAAUUCAUAUUAGUUUUUAAUAGCAAUCAAGUGUACAUGGAAGAUAUUCCUAAACCUGUCCUAUUAAGCCCGAUUCUUGAAAUGAUCCAUAAAUCAAGAGAAAAAUUAGAUUAUUUACAGUUAAAAAAAUAUUAUGGGGCUACAAUUUCUUUUAUGAAACGUGAACUCGAGCUUUAUCGGUCCUAUAUUUUUGCAUUAAGCAUUAUGAUUGAUUUAUGUGAUGCAAAAUUUAAACUUUUACAAGAAGAUAUAAAUAAUUUAUCAUUGAAUAUGAAAUUAUUAAAUGAUAAAGUAGAAUCAAUAUGUAGAUUUAAAAAUAUUAAUGAUAAAAAAAUACUCGAUAGUUCUACUUCAAAUCUCGAAGAAUUAAAAAAUAAUGUAAUGAAAUUAGUGGAAGGCACAAAAACCGUGAAAGAAAAAUUAAAUAGUUUAACGGAGAAAAAUAACAAAUUAAAAUCAUUUUCCGAUAUAGACUGGAUGAGUGAUCUCACAGAAAAUUACGAGACAGCAUUAACAAUCAUAAAAACAUGGCAAACUGAAGAUCGUAAUCAACAACAGAGUCCACUUAAGAUGGUUACUACGAUUUUUAAAUUUACAGAGUCAUUACAUCGAAGACUAACAAAUCCUCAAUUAACUGAAAAUGGAAGGAGUAUAAAACAGUUUUUAAAACAAAUAACAACAUUAAAGGAAGUGCUAAAAUCAUUUACGGCUUUAUUAAAUGAUUAUUCAAAUGAAGUCACUACUUUCAAACAAUUAAUUGAAAAUGAAAUGACUGUAUCACAAAUCGACUUUAUUAAAAAUUCGAAUAAUCUUGACCUUUUAAAUCUUACUCAAGAUACAUCAGAAUCUACAGACACUCUUAUUUAUAACUCUAUUCUGAUAAGAAAUAUGCUUGGAGGUUUAUUGGUCGAACUGGAUAUGCAGAAAAGAAAAUAUACAGAUUUAAAUUAUUUUAAUAAGCACCAAUAAGUUAAGAAAAAAUAGCUAUAUUAAUAUAAAUUAUAUAAUUAUUUUUUAUUACUCAUGAAUGUUUAAUGAUAGAAUAUCAAUUGUUAAAAAUGAAUGAAUAAAAUUUUUAUAAUUUAUUUACAUAUUUUUCUUUGAAGAACUAAUAUCUUUUGCGUGGAACAUAAUGGCGAACCCCCCACUUGAUAUUUGCAUCUUUAUCUGUCUUUACAUACGAAUAGACAGGACCAAAAGACUUCAUUCGAAAGCCUUAAAAAAAUAUAAAAAUUGUAAUAAUUGUCAUAGAACAAAAUUUAAAUUCACUUACCUUCUAUAUUUAUUGCUAAAAUUAUGGUAAUAAUAAUUAUCAAUAACAAUUGUUGUAAGACCUAUAUAAAAUAUCGAUGAAUUAAAUUUUUUAUGAAAAAUACUUUUUAUUGAUAUAACUUACGUUUUUCAUAAUAAAGAAAAUUAUUGCUGAUGAUUAAAAGACAACUUAUCAAUUUAGAAUGAGUUACCAGAUGAUAAACAACUUACUUUUAUAUGUAAAAAAAUUUACACUUCAUUGAAUAGAAAUUAAAAGAACUUUCACAGUGAAAAGAUUGUAAUAAAAGGAAUUGUUGCGUGCCGAGAAAUUUAAAUGGAUGAAUAGCUUCUCUUUUUUU